GUUUUGAUUAUGCAAAUAAGCAUCGCAUAAUAUUUCGCAACUGAGAAAAUAAUUUUACACUUCUCUUGUAAGUUACCAAUAUGAUGGAGGAAGAGCCUGGAUUGUAUUAUGUGGAGGACACGGAACCUUUAAUUAGUCGCUCCAGUAUAAACCGAGAUAGUUCUGAGAUUACUAUGUCAACAGCCAUGAAAGCUAGAGAUCACGAAAAUAUGAGUAAAAAACGCGUGUUGAGAAAUCUCGUUGUAACGGGAUCUUCGUACUUUAUAUUUUUCUUAGGAUUUCAAUCUUUGUCAAAUCUUCAAAGUACUAUGAAUUCUGAUGGAGGUGUUGGAAUGGAUUCUCAAGCUUUAGUUUACGUUUGUGCUAUGAUAUCAUGUUUGCUGUUGCCAGAUCUGUUAAUAAAAAAAAUUGGAUGCAAAAGAACAAUUGUAUGCAUGCUCCUAAUGAGUGUUCCUUAUAUUGCUUCUAACUUUAAUCCUUCAAGGAUUAUCAUAAUGCCAUCUUCGGUUCUAAUGGGUUUGGCUAUUGGACCUCUCAAUUCAGCUGGAGCCUUAUAUGUGAAUGAAAUGGCCUUACGCUAUCAUAAAAUACAACCAGAAGAAUCAUUAGAUUCAACUGUGUCUAAAUUUUAUGGUUUCUUUGGUUUUUUCUCUGAGAGCACUCAAAUAUGGGGUAAUCUUAUAUCCUAUUAUGUUCUUUCGCCAAGCGCAGCCCAUAUACUAAAUCAUACCAAUAUCACUUGUGGAAUUGACUUUAGAUUUGGUGGCAACAGCUCAAAUCCUAAUCUAGAACCACCUACAGAAGACAAACGAUUUUUAUUAGUAAGCAUAUAUCUUCUUAGCACUGUAACUGCUGCUACUUUGAUGGGACUUUUCACUGAUAAGUUAGACAAUGAUGUUGGCAACGGUGAACGUUCUUUGGGUUCUGGCACAACGGAUCGUCUGCUCGCAACUAUUAAGCAAGCUAGUGUUCCAGACCAAAUAUUGCUCCUUCCCAUUUCAAUAUUUGUGGGCAUAGAACUUUCAUUUUAUACAGCAGAAUUUACGCAGG